GGGUUUAUUUCAGAUUUAUAGCUAGGGUUUAACAAGCUGUCUCUUGUGAAAUACACUACAACAAUGGCGGAAGAAGCAAAAACCCAGAUAAUUGACGAGACUAAUAAGGACCCAUCUGCACAAGACAUGGAGCUUGAACCUCAGGCGCCUGUAUCCGAUCAAACUGACGGCGAUGUGGCUGAGAACGGUGGCAAACGAAAGAGAGAUGAUGCUGAUGAAUCAGAGGAUCAGAAUGGUGAAGGGGAAAACGGGUCGGGUUUAAAAGGCCCGGUGAAAUUGGGGUUCAAGAGUUUUGCAACAGCUGUUGAGAUGUUUGAUUAUUUCUUCGCUUUCUUGCAUAGUUGGUCCCCAAAUAUUAAUAUCAACAAGUAUGAGCACGUGAUGUUGCUUGAGUUGCUGCAGAAGGGUCAUCAGGAGCCAGAGAAGAAAAUCGGUGAUGGUAUUAGUUCCUUCCAAGUCCGGUAUCAUCCAGAAUUCAAAAGUCGUUGUUUCUUCCUAAUUAGGAAUGACGAUUCUGUUGACGAUUUCAGCUUCAGGAAGUGUGUGGACCACAUACUUCCUCUGCCAGAAAACAUGCAGCUGAAACCUGAUGUCAACAAAGCACUAGGUGGACGCGGUGGUGGUGGAAGAGGUUGGCGUGGUCGUGGCCGCGGAAGAGGUGGUAAACCUAGAAAUUGAGAUGGCAAUAUCAUUCUAGUGCUAGGCAGUUGUGUUAUUUUUGCUGUGUAACAUUAUCUAUCAUGUUAUUUAAAUUUUGAACUGUCAGGAACAAAUGAUACUUGAGGUACUGUUUUUCUUUUAUCUUAUUGUUCAAUUUCUCUUUC